CAACAUGAGCGACAGUGCAGCCGCCGAAACGGCUCCUCCAGCUUCUGCUCCCACCAAAGCCAAGGCUCCCAAGAAGAAGGUGGCAGUUCCCAGGAAAAGAACACCCGGUCCCAGGUUGGGAGAGCUGAUUCUGAGGGUUGUCGGGGAUAUCAAGGAUCGCAAAGGGGCGUCUCUGUCCGCUGUAAAGAAGGCGCUGGAGAGAAGCGGGAUCGAUGUGGAGAAGCGGAAGGUCCAGAUUAAGAUGAGUAUCAGGAGGUGCCUGGCGAACGGCUCCCUUGUUCUGGUCAAGGGUCAGGGCGUCUCCGGCUCUUUCAAACUCCCUAAGAAUCCAGUCAAGGCAAAAGCGGGAAAGAAGGCGGGAACAUCAGUGGCCGCCAAGAAACCGGCUGGGAAGAAAUCACCGGCCAAGAAGGCGACAGCGAAGAAAUCUCAGGCCAAGAAAGCGACAGUCAAGAAAUCCUCAGCCAAGAAGGCGAUAGCCAAGAAACCCCAGGCCAAGAAGGCGAUAGCCAAGAAAUCCCAGGCCAAGAAGGCGAGCGGCAAAAAGACGGCACCGCCAAAGAAAGCGGUGAGCAAAGCAGCGCCAAAGAAACGGACUCCGGUGAAGAAGGUGAAAGAGACCAAGGGCCCUAAAGCCCCCAAACCCCUCAGCAAACCGGCUAAAAGCAAGGCCAAGCCCAAAGCGAAAGUGACCAAGACAGCAGCAAAAAAAUGAACCAGUCAGUGUAACAUGUAACCAUCUGAACCCAAAGGCUCUUAUCAGAGCCACCCACAUCUCUCAGGAAAGAGCUGAGCCCGGAUCCAAUGUUCCCUGUCCCGGCGCCGAGCACAG